GAGCUGUUUGGGUGCUUGGUUACCGUUUGGCUGGUGUCAGGCGGAGCUGCAGCUCUGUAGGUGGAGUGCACUGGAUUUACUGGGAGAUUUACACAGCAAGCAAGUUCCUAGCCUAGAUCACAAGAGAGGAUGCUUAGUAUUCCUUCUGCUGAUGUCUAGCAGAGACCAUUCUAGUGGCGGUGGAACUUACCAUCCAGUUUUGGCAUUGGGGGGCUUCAUUUUUCAUACAGAAUAUUAACCCUUACCCACUGGAACAAAUGAAGUCCAAUCUAGUUGUCAAGGAACUGCAAUGUCCCCAUUAUCUGGCUGUAGGUCUGGCACACCAAGUUUUACCAUAACAUGUAUCAUUAUGGUUUUAGUCCACCGUUCUAUCGUACAAUGAUGUUUAUGCACCCAAACGCCUACAUGCCUUACACCAUGGGAAGGUUCCAAGAUGCACCUGCUGGCUUUGUUCUACCUCCAAUACAGAUGCACAAUUUCAGCAGCCGACCUUCUCCACUCUUCGGUGGGCAAAUGUACUAUCCCCAGGAAUUUACAAAUGGACAAAGAGAAUAUCACCAUUUUUAUGGUGUAAACCCUUAUUAUUCUCUUCCAAACUGGUAUUACCCUAGAGUCAGUGCAGUGCCACCAUAUAACCAUAACUAUAACAAUAAACAGACUCAUAUUAAACUGAAUGGAUGGCCAGAAGGUUUUACCAUGAAAGGAGAGCUUCACUGGGGAAAACUAGAGAGAGUGUUUGGAAUGAAACGGGAACUACCAGAAUUUGUUAAAGAUGACCUACGUAGAGUGUAUGGUACUUACCCAAGGACAUUUGUCACUAUAACUUAUCAGAAUGGCGAGUUUCUUGUUAAAGGCGAUCCCAAGGUUGGGGAACAGGAGUACACUGUUGAAAAGAAAGUUGUGCGAAAGGCACCAACUCCCACAGAUUCUGAGGAUGACAUAAGUGAAGUAAAGCAGAGCAAGAAGAAAAGGAAAGGAAAGCGCUGAUUUGAAUAUUAUAUUGCGGACUUAUUAUAACUUCAUAUUUAUAGAAGAGGAAGCAUCCCUAUUGUACCAAGAGCCAAGAAUAAGAGCCAAGAAUAACCAAUAAAAUAGUGCUUAGGGAUGAAAUCGGUUAUAAUCAAUGCUUUGUGCUAACACUGAAAUGUGUAUUAUGGAAAAUAAUACCAUCCCUGUU